UCUGCCCGGCCUCGCCACUUCAGCACAGCAUGCCUCGCUUCCUCCAUUUAUUCACCUUGCUCUUCUACCUACGCAUCCCAGCAAGUUCUGCCGCGACAGACACCAUCCAGGCCGGACAAGCACUUGCUGUCCACGACAAGCUCGUCUCCAGCAAUGGCAGGUACGCGCUUGGCUUCUUCAAACCAAACAGCAGCAAAUCAUCUCAGGACACUACCAACUGGUACCUUGGCAUAUGGUUCAAUACAGUCCCCACAUUUACUCCAGCAUGGGUUGCAAAUAGGGAUAAACCGAUCAAGAACACCACCUCAGUGGAGCUCACAAUCUCCCAGGAUGGGAACCUUGUCAUCCAAAACGAGUCCACCAAGUCCAUAAUCUGGUCUACACAAGCAAACAUCACAACAAAUAGCACCACCGCUAUCCUCUUGAGUAGUGGAAAUCUUAUCCUCACAAACUCAUCAAACCAAUCAGAAGUUCUAUGGCAGAGCUUUGAUCACCCCACAGAUACAUUUUUCCCUGGGGCGAAGCUUGGAUGGGACAAGGUCACCGGCCUGAAUCGUAGUUUUGUUUCCUGGAAAAACUUGAUCGACCCAGCUGCCGGUGGGUACCGCUAUGAGUUAGACCCCAGUGGUAUCGACCAGUUAUUGCUUGUAGCAUUAAACUCAUCCACAUCAUACUGGUCCACCGGUCCAUGGAGCGGAAAAUACUUUUCCUCAAUUCCAGAGAUGGCAGCUCGCCACUCUAUUAGUGCAAAAUUUGUCAAGAAUGACAGAGAGAGGUACUUGACAUAUAAUAUAGUAGAUGCAUAUAUGGAUCCCAAUAUGCUUACUCGUCAUGCAAUUGACGUAUCAGGUCAAAUAAAGACAUUCACAUGGAUGAAGGGCUCACAGGACUGGGUAAUGAUCAAUGCCCAACCCAAAGCCCAAUGCGAUGUCUAUGCAGUUUGUGGACCUUUCACAAUUUGCAAUGAUAAUGAUGUUCCACAUUGCAUUUGUAUGGAGGGCUUCAGCAUAACAUCCCCCAAGAACUGGGAGCUAGAAGAUCGAGCGGAUGGGUGCUCAAGAAAAACUCAACUAGACUGCAUAAGGAACAUAAGCACAACACACACCACAGACAAGUUCUACCAUGAGCCAUGUGUUAGGUUACCCCAGAAUGCCCAAAAAGUGGAAGCAGCUGGAAGCUCGAAUGAGUGCGAACAAAUUUGCCUGAAUGACUGCUCUUGCACUGCAUACUCCUUUGGCGAUAGUGGAUGUUCUGUCUGGCAUAAUGAAUUGCUCAACAUAGGACGACUAGAAUGCAGUGACACAACCAAUUCAAAUGGAGAAACUCUUUGCCUUCGUCUUUCUGCCAAAGAUGUACAAAGUUUGAAAUAUAACAGAAGAGGGAUUUCUAUUGGAGUUGCAACUGCUACAGUCAUUUGUGCUCUAGGCUUAUUUGCACUCGUCCUAUUACUGAUGAUUUGGACAAACAAAAAGAAUAGCUCUGGUCACAUUGUGAACGGUUACACAGGUUGUAAUGGAAUCAUUGCAUUUAGAUACAAUGAACUACAACGAGCAACGAAAAAAUUUACAGAUAAGUUGGGGGCAGGUAGCUUUGGUUCUGUAUUCAAGGGGUUUAUAAAUGACUCAAAUACCAUAGCAGUUAAGAGGCUUGAUGGUGCUUAUCAAGGAGAGAAACAAUUCAGAGCUGAAGUGAGCUCAAUUGGAGCUAUCCAACACAUCAAUUUGGUUAAGCUUGUUGGUUUCUGUUGUGAGGAUGAUAAGAGGCUGCUUGUUUAUGAAUACAUGUCAAACCACUCUCUUGACGUCCAUCUAUUUCGAAGCAAUUCCACAGUGUUAAGUUGGGCUGCUAGGUACCAGAUAGCCCUUGGAGUUGCAAGAGGGUUAGCCUACUUGCAUGAAAGCUGUCGAGACUGCAUCAUACACUGUGAUAUCAAGCCAGAAAACAUACUUCUUGAUGCUUCAUUCCUUCCAAAAAUUGCAGACUUUGGGAUGGCAAAGCUAUUAGCAAGGGAUUUUAGCCGAGUAUUGACAACAAUGAGAGGGACUGCAGGGUACCUUGCACCUGAAUGGAUUACUGGUGUUGCUAUUACACCGAAAGUUGAUGUUUAUAGCUACGGGAUGGUGCUGCUGGAAAUAAUAUCUGGAAGGAGGAACACAUGCGCACCGUUGUCAAGCAAUGUCGAUGUUUAUUUCCCUGUGCAAGCUGCACAUAAGCUUCUUGAAGGAGACAUCAGGAGUUUGGUAGAUCACAAGUUACAAGGUGAUGUCAAUCUGGAUGAGGCUGAACUGGCUUGCAAAGUUGCAUGUUGGUGUAUCCAAGACGAUGAGCUUGAUCGACCAACAAUGGGAGAGGUAGUUCAGAUUCUUGAAGGGCUAAUUGAGACCACGAUGCCCCCGAUACCGAGACUACUCCAAACUAUGUUUGAAAGUUGCUCCUAAUGUUUUUCUUUCAGGGAAAACUAGCUGGUUGGGCGCCUACAUGUUAUACUGUACUAUGUGUAUACCUAAGACCAUAGCUGUAUUUAUAUUAUACAAAUGUAAUGCUUAUUACGGAAGAAAUAGCUGUACUUCGUAUGAAGUAUUACUUUGUAACGGUCUCAAUGUACCCUCACUGCAUCAUUAUA